GCCAAUUAAAAGUGUAUGUUAACUGGCCGCCACGAUAUGACUUGUAUACUGUUGAAAACGGUGAUCAAUGGAAAUAAACCCCGUUCUGCGAAAACUGGGCUUAAUGCCUGUGCGUAAAGAGUUAGUUCAGAUUAGCCUGUGCAGUCCGCACAGACUUAUCAGGGACGACACUUUUCGCUUUUACGAAAUUUUUCGUUAAAAAAGGUCUAUUCUUAGCGAAAAUCAAGUCAAGGCGGAAAGUGUCGUCUCUGCGAACUGCACAGGCUAAUCUGGGACGACACUUUACGUACAUGCCUUAAGCCCUGCUUUCCCAGAGCGAGGCUCAUAUCGUUGUUUUACAGGUGAACGAUCCGGGAACGCUCGCUGCAGUGACGGUAGUUUUUGGACCUGUAGUGUUGAUGGACCUUGUCACUCACUCUCGCAUGUAUGAGAUCUCAAACAAGGCGCCGGCUUCGAGCCGCAUUGCACUCCCAUGGACUAGUGUUAAACCUUUUCAUCGAGGAGCGAUGCAAAGGCCCGGUCUUCUCUGUGCUGUCCAAAUAUCUACUGGACAUUCUGAUAACUGACAAGAUCUUGGUCUUUGGGAAAGAGGCAGUAAAUCCCACCAACGUAUCAUACAUCUUGCGCGGAAACAUACCCGGGCUGAUUCUAGUAACAGUUCCAAGCUGCAGAGAAAGAAAAAUACUGAAUUCUAACACGGCACGUGACUUGUUUUCUAUAGACAAAGAAGGAAAUCAAGCGUGGGUUAUUCUGCAAUAACUUAUGGGCGGAGCUUAAUGUUUCGAAAAUAGUUCCGAAUAAAUAAAGAAAAUAUUGCAUUAAAAUGCACGUGCUAAAACCCGCUCUAAAAGAAAUGUAAUAAAUGUAGCAUGUAUAUAAGUGUAAUGAAACAACUAAUUGUAUAUUUGGUGAUUAUUGGCAUAACCACGCCUACAAAGAAUGUUAUUUGUUAGGAAACGUAAUUCAGAAAACAUUUAUAGCAUGUAAGC